AUGACUUUUGGCUGUGCACGCUGGAUUAUCUCGAAUCGUUCACCUGUAACACCCGGUGCCUACCGGCCACACAACCCGAAGGAAGCACGAGAGCCGGGAUACUGCCAGGUUGUAAACCUAGAAAGGCUCUACCGUUUUCAAGCGUCUGCUCCGACGAAGAAAGGACCGCCUGGGAUCGAACUCGGAAACCGUCGGGGGCAAGCGGCCUAUCCGCUACGCCAACUCGACGUCGGGGGCGGUCCUGAUUUCUGUAUAAUAGGUACCAUCACAACCGCAAUCGCCAAAAAUAUUGCAAAAGUUACCAGACAUGCAAUUCUACAGUGUAGCAAAUCCCAUCCUCCAACGUUUGGUUAUAUCGACCGUUACCGUUCGUCGUUUCGACUUAUCUGUUUGUAUCGAAUUUACCAAACCGACGUGAAUUUCGAUUGGGAGCUUGAACGACGGGACAACGGUGCAAACCCCGCCUCCAAAGUACCAAUGAUCGGUACAACAGAGGUACCGACGCCGCAGUGUCAGUUACUGGACAAUCACCAGACAGCUCAAAAGGAGGGUAAUUCCUCUGGGUGUAUGAAACUUUCUCCGGAAGUUGUCACUCUUGGAGCCAAUCCUCACAAGGUUUUCUUGCAACCACUGCGGCGGUUCAGUGAAGCUGAGUACGCUCCGUCACGUGAACACAUUCUCUCGUUGAGUUCACCACAUAAGGAAAUCUAUAGCACGCCAAAACUCCAGAUGCAUCAGCUGUGGGACUACACCGCACAAUUUUUAUGCUUCAUGGUUGUAACAGUGUCUAGAACGAUGCAAUGCGGCUAA